AUCCCGCCGCGGUGACUCGGAGAACCCGGAGAGUCUCCACUGAGGCCCGGCGAGUCAUCCAGCCACCUUCCUCGCUUAUUUAUUCAUUUUGCUUCUCUCCUGCGCGGAGGCCGGAAAGGAAGACUCAAGAGGCAGGUGCAGGGGUGGACAGUGUCCCCUUCCCCUCCCCCAAACCCAGACGACUGUGGGGGAGGGUGCCAUCGGCGCGCCCUGACCCCAAUCCCCAGGACUGGCUCCUGCUGCCGCCGCUUGUAUUUCGAUCCAACGCUGCGCUCUGCGUCCCCGUGGCGCGCCGGGACCCUCCUGCGCCUCCCCCUCCUCCUCCUCCUCUUCCUCUGGGGCCACCCCUCCCCCACUCCCAUCUGCUUCUGUCAAAUGAGAAAAGUCACCGCGGAGAACCCAAACACUCCAGCCGCCGAGAGCCCCCUUUGGCACUCGGCAGCACGCGGCGGCGGUCUCCUCGGCUCAACCCGGUGACUCGUCGCCCUGGGGCGACUUUGGAGGCUGUUUUGCACUUAAGAGAUUGAAGACGUUUAAAUUACGAGAGGGGGCACACAUCUCGGCCCGGGCCCCCGGCUCCCCGAGGGGAGUUCGCUCGCCAACGCUACCCCGAAGGAAAGAACGCGAGUUGCCAACUUGGCCACCACAGAGUUGGGGGCGGGGUGUGGGGAGUCCCCGCCGAGAAGUCCCAGGGUCCCGGAGAGGAUUUCCAUCCCCGCAGGGGCGCUGGACCGGACCGAAGGAGGCCAGGUAGCCAUCCACGGGGGUGCAGCGGCGGCGCGGCCCUGGGCUGGUCCACGGGUCCCCUGUCCCCGCGCUCGCGCGCGUGGGAGCGACUCCGGGACGUUCCCGAUCUCGAGCGGAUCGGAUCCCCGAGUGUGGUCACCAUUGAUUUCCUCCGGUCGGAGGGCGAGGGCCCGGGCGGCGGGCUGCAGCCCCGGCACGGGCACGGUGAGAGCAUGUCCAAACCGGUGGACCACGUCAAGCGACCCAUGAACGCUUUCAUGGUGUGGUCGCGGGCUCAGCGGCGCAAGAUGGCCCAGGAGAACCCCAAGAUGCACAACUCGGAGAUCAGCAAGCGCCUGGGCGCCGAGUGGAAGCUGCUCACCGAGUCGGAGAAGCGGCCGUUCAUCGACGAGGCGAAACGGCUGCGCGCCAUGCACAUGAAAGAGCAUCCGGACUACAAGUACCGGCCGCGCCGCAAACCCAAGACGUUGCUCAAGAAAGACAAGUUCGCCUUCCCGGUCCCCUACGGCCUGGGCGGCGUGAGCGACGCAGAGCAUCCGGCGCUCAAAGCCGGAGCCGGGCUGCACGCGGCGGCGGCGGCGGCGGCGGCCGCGGCAGCCGGGGCGGGCGGCGGCCUGGUCCCGGAGUCCCUGCUCGCCAACCCGGAGAAAGCGGCCGCCGCCGCCGCCGCCGCCGCCGCGCGCGUCUUCUUCCCGCAGUCGGCCGCCGCCGCCGCCGCCGCCGCCGCUGCCGCCGCCGCGGGCAGCCCGUACUCGCUGCUGGACCUGGGCUCCAAGAUGGCAGAGAUCUCGUCGUCGUCGUCGUCGUCCUCCUCCUCCUCCGGCCUGCCCUACGCCUCGUCCCUCGGUUACCCCGGCGCCGGAGCCGGGGCUUUCCACGGGGCGGCGGCGGCGGCGGCUGCAGCGGCGGCGGCGGCCGCCGGGGGGCACACGCACUCGCACCCCAGCCCGGGCAACCCGGGCUACAUGAUCCCGUGCAACUGCAGCGCUUGGCCCAGCCCGGGCUUGCAACCUCCGCUCGCCUACAUCCUGCUGCCGGGCAUGGGCAAGCCGCAGCUAGACCCCUACCCCGCGGCCUACGCCGCCGCGCUAUGACCCCCACCUCCCCACGCGGGGCCCGUGGGCACGCGUGCGCUUAUGUAUGUGUAGAAGGGACGAGUCCCCCUGCAGCCCCACGGUGGUGGUGGUGGGGGUGACGGGGUGAGGGGGGUUUGUGUGCCCGGGUCAGAUGUACAUAGAUGUAUAUAGAUGCCAGGCCCCAGGUGGAUAUGCCACGGGCUCGAGGCGCGGGCGAGGGGCGCGCGUGGGAAGUCACAGGCUCCUCGCCCAGCCCGAGCGUCUGCAGCCGAACUUGCAGCGAGGCCGGUGGAUGCGCCAGCGAUUAGUGUUUGCUUUGCACUU